UCUUCAGCAGCACUUUCGACGUCAGGAAUAAUCGGUCCCGCACGCGCGCGCUCAUCCGGGUCUCGCUCUCCUCCUCCGCGGCGGAGCGUCUCGCGCGGCGGCGGCUCGGAUGUGGAUGUUCCAGCGGGACGCGCGCGCGGCGGCGGCGGCGGCGGCUGGAGGAGACGCGGCUGUGAUCUGAGCUCCGGGAGGAUGUUCGCGCUCCGGAUCAACAAGUCCGCUCGGUGAGCGUGCAUGGCCGCGGGAUGGAGAUAGCUUUGGUGAGCUUCGAGAACGGCGGCGCGAAAGGCAGCGGCGGCGGCGGCGGCGGAGGCAAUGCGGAGGAGAGCUGCCGGAACGCGCUGGACGUCCCUCAGCCGGGCUUCGUGCAGACUGGACUGGGAGAGGACUUCAGCAAGGAGCUGAACACGCGCGGCGGAGCCGCUCCGCAGCAGCAGCCGCUCAGCUGGAAGAUCAACGACAUGAACAACACCUUCAGCUGCAGCGAGAACGCCAUGGAUGCGCUUUUACGCGCGGACCACAGCCCCCACCUGUUCGACGAGGACCUCCUGGACAUGGACAUGGACACGGACAGCAACGAGAGGGUGCUCAUCAACAUCGCCGGGCUGCGCUACGAGACCCAGCUGGGCACCCUCAACCAGUUCCCGGACACCCUGCUGGGAGACCCCGCCAAGAGGAUCAAGUACUUCGACCCGCUCCGGAACGAGUACUUCUUCGACCGCAACCGGCCCAGCUUCGACGGGAUCCUGUAUUUCUACCAGUCCGGAGGGAAGAUCCGCAGACCCGUCAACGUGUCCAUCGACGUGUUCGCGGACGAGAUCCGCUUCUAUCAGCUGGGGGAGGAGGCCAUGGAGAGGUUCCGGGAGGACGAGGGCUUCAUCAAGGAGGAGGAGAAGCCGCUGCCCCAGAACGAGUUCCAGAAGCAGGUCUGGCUCAUCUUCGAGUACCCGGAGAGCUCCAGUCCGGCCCGGGGCAUCGCCAUCGUGUCCGUGAUCGUCAUCACCAUCUCCAUCAUCACCUUCUGCCUGGAGACGCUGCCCGAGUUCAGGGACGAGCGCGAGCUGCCGGUGACCAGCCGGCUGGACAACAGCACGGCGCCGCGGCCCUCCCUCACCUUCACCGACCCCUUCUUCAUCAUCGAGACCACCUGCGUCAUCUGGUUCACCUUCGAGCUGUUUGUGCGCUUCUUCGCGUGUCCCAGCAAGUCGGAGUUCUCCAAAACCAUCAUGAACAUCAUCGACAUCAUGUCCAUCAUGCCUUACUUCAUCACGGUGGGCACGGAGCUGGCGGAGCAGCAGGGCCAGGAGCACCAGAACGGACAGCAGGCCAUGUCCCUGGCCAUCCUGCGGGUCAUCCGCCUGGUGCGGGUCUUCCGGAUCUUCAAGCUCUCGCGGCACUCCAAGGGGCUGCAGAUCCUCGGGCAGACCCUCAAAGCCAGCAUGCGCGAGCUCGGCCUGCUCAUCUUCUUCCUCUUCAUCGGGGUCAUCCUCUUCUCCAGCGCCGUCUACUUCGCGGAGGCGGACGAGCCCGAGUCACACUUCUCCAGCAUCCCGGACGCCUUCUGGUGGGCCGUGGUCACCAUGACGACGGUGGGAUACGGCGACAUGCGGCCGGUGACGGUCGGCGGGAAGAUCGUGGGCUCGCUGUGCGCCAUCGCGGGCGUGCUGACCAUCGCGCUGCCGGUGCCGGUCAUCGUGUCCAACUUCAACUACUUCUACCACCGGGAGACGGACCAGGACCAGUCGUCCCUGAAGGACGAGCCCCACAGCGGGCGCGCCAGCCCCGAGCUGAAGCGCAAAGGCAGCAAGUCCUCGGCCAAGUCUCAGGACGCGGAGAACAACGACGGCGGCGCGUCGGUGGAGAAGGCCAACAUGAAGGCCAACAGCAGCGCGGACUUCAAGAGGUCUCUGUACGCGUUCUGCCUGGACACGCGGGAGACGGACCUGUAGCGCCGCGCCGCCCCGCGCCGCG